UGAAUAUUUCGUCAGUCAUGAUUCAAAAAAUCGGGGAAAGCCUUGGAAUGAAAUCCGAUGGUACGUACGCUCAUCAGGUUUGAAAUACCUGCCUAUAUUUUGUUAUUUCUCACUUAUUGUCCAAGUAACUUGUUUCAGGGUCUCGCGAUAUUCGGUCUCUCUGCUCCACAGGAUUAAUUGAGCUGCGAUCGACAGACAAUUACUCAAUGCAUCCCCUUAUUCAAAACGCAAUUCGAGAAUAUUUUAAACGGUCCGUGGACUUGGACCUGCUCGGGGUCCAGAAAGUCGCACAAGAAACACUGUUGAAAUUGAGUGAAAAUGGGCCUCUCUCCCUCAUUCAGCACUUCGAAACGCUGUCAAGUCAUCUAUAUCAGAAAUACCUGGACAAUGCAGCCACAGUCGAUCUUUACUUUCAAAUGGGAAUGAUCGCCUUUGAUCAUAGACUUUAUCCGGAUUCGCUUACGUUUUUUACAAAUUGUCAAAAUCGACUGAAUGACCAAGUCGAUAUCAAAUGCUGCACUUCCAUUCUUCGAGUUCAUAUUCAAAAGGGCCUAGUGUUCCAGGAACUCAACAAAAUCGAUGAUGCCAUUUUACAAUUUGAGUGGGUUCGGGAAUACGUCUUCCAGAAUUACACUGAAAAACUCUUUCUCCAUUAUUUGCCGAUACUUGAGCGACUUCAAAAGCUCUACUUCAAAUGCGAAAACGUCGAUGUGGCAGCAAGGAAAUUGAAAGAUACUCUUGAUGUAUGCGCAGCGAACACGGACGCACGACCUCGACUGUUUUAUGUGAAAGUUCUGAUAGAAUCAUCAGUAUUCAAUAUUGAACAUCAACAUCUCACCGACGCUCUUGAAACAAUCGCGCAAGCAGGCAAAAUUCUAGAAGCAUUCAAUGACAGUGCUUUUCUCGAAGAAAAAAUCAAUUCUUUGAUGAAGCUCGCUGAGCUAUGCCAGAGGAUCGGAAAUACUGUCGAUGCGCAAUCAUUCUACCAACAUAUUGUCAACACAAUUCCUUCUGACCUCCAAAACAACUAUCAAUAUUAUAUGGCGAAGGCCGUGGAAAAACUUGAAGCAACAAAACCACUCAAAGAUGAUUCUGACAACAAGGACCAACGCACAGCUUCAAACCGGGGUUCCCAGCCAGAGGAUUAUUCCCAAGCUUCCUCGCUCAACAAGGAAUUGGGACCAGACGAAAGUGAAUCGGUAAUGAUUCCUCUUCCCGGACAAUUUCCUGAAAACCAAGAGUUGAAGGUGGUUUCAGAGCAUCGACCCUGGUUAAUGUCCAAAUCUCGUGUAUUGCUUCUGAUCAUAAUGUUGAUAUUCGUGAUUAGUUACUUGAUAUGAUGGCGACUAUUCGCACGUACUCGAUUGGCUGAAAGCAGUGAAAUCAACAAGAAAUUCGAUUAUUACGAGAUAUGGUAAACUUGUUCCAACAGGCUCUUUGAAAUAUAUACAUAUCGAUCACUUCAGCAACUUUGGUUCCCACCAUCGCUAAAUACUAGCAGAUGGGACACUCCCGAUGUCGCAUGUCAGCGCAGUAUGCAGUGGCCUGCAUCAAGCACAGCCACAUGCAAUGAAAUCAGCUCCCGAGUGAAGACUGCCGAGCGAAGACC